CGCCACUCAUUGGUCGGCCGUUGUGAAUGAGUCAGGACAUGUCCAGUUAGCCAGAACGCAGCAAUCGGUGGAUAACGAACCUGGCAAGCUAGCCGAGCCAAGCCAAGCCAGACAGCUUCUACUGUAUGGAAAGCCAACGAGGUCUGCGUUGAGGGAUUUUGACAGGCUUCAUCCACCCAGAGGACAAUUAAAAAGCCGGUUGCAGUGACUACCAUGAGUCCCGCGGGCUGCCCCCAUGUCAACGGCUUCAAAGUGGACAACUGGAAGCAGAACCUGAGGGUUAUUUAUCAGUGUUUCGUGUGGAGCGGUUCAGCCGAGACCAGAAAACGCAAGGCCAAGUCGUGUAUCUGCCACAUGUGCGGUGCCCACCUCAACAGACUCCACUCAUGCCUCUACUGCGUCUUCUUCGCCUGCUUUGCCAAAAAACACAUCCACGAGCACGCCAAGAGCAAAAGGCAUAACCUAGCCAUCGACCUGCUGUAUGGAGGGAUCUACUGUUUUAUGUGCCAAGACUACAUUUACGACAAAGACAUGGAACAGAUUGCCAAAGAGGAACAGAGGAAAGCCUGGAAAAUGCAAGGCAUAGGGGAGAAGUACUCAACGUGGGAGCCCACCAAGAGGGAGCUAGAGCUGCUCCGCCACAACCCCAAGAGGAGGAGAAUCACCUCCAACUGUACUAUCGGCCUGCGAGGUCUGAUCAACCUUGGCAACACGUGUUUCAUGAACUGCAUCGUCCAGGCGCUGACGCACACGCCGCUGCUGCGUGACUUCUUCCUGUCGGACCGGCACAAAUGCGAGAUGCAGAGCAACUCCUGUUUGGUGUGUGAGAUGUCGCAGCUCUUCCAGGAGUUUUAUUCAGGCCACCGGUCGCCACACAUCCCCUUCCGUCUUCUUCACCUGGUGUGGACCCACGCCCGCCACCUGGCCGGCUACGAGCAGCAGGACGCCCACGAGUUCCUCAUUGCGGCGCUGGACGUCCUGCACAGGCACUGCAAAGACGACAACGGGAAGAAAGCCAACAAUCCCAACCACUGUAACUGCAUCAUCGACCAAAUCUUCACCGGGGGCCUGCAGUCUGACGUCACCUGUCAAGUCUGCCACGGUGUCUCGACAACCAUAGACCCGUUCUGGGACAUCAGCCUGGACCUGCCGGGCUCCUCCACCCCGUUCUGGCCCCUCAGCCCUGGAGGAGAUGGAUCUGCGCUCAACGGAGAGAGUCACGCCACCGGGGCCACAACGCUCACAGACUGUCUGCACAGGUUCACCAGGCCAGAGCACCUCGGCAGCAGUGCUAAGAUCAAGUGCAGCGGUUGCCAUAGUUACCAGGAGUCCACUAAGCAGCUGACCAUGAAGAAGCUGCCCAUCGUGGCCUGCUUUCACCUCAAAAGGUUUGAGCAUUCCGCCAAACUGCGGCGGAAGAUCACGACUUAUGUCUCCUUCCCGUUGGAGCUGGACAUGACCCCCUUCAUGGCCUCCAGUAAAGAGAGCAGGAUGAAUGGGCAGUACCAGCAGACCGUGGACCCCUUCAACAAUGACAACAAGUACAGUCUAUUUGCAGUAGUGAACCACCAGGGGACACUAGAGAGCGGCCAUUACACCACCUUCAUCCGCCAGCACAAGGACCAGUGGUUCAAAUGUGACGACGCCAUCAUCACCAAGGCCAGCAUCAAGGAUGUCCUGGACAGUGAAGGGUACCUUUUGUUUUAUCACAAGCAGUUCCUGGAGUACGAGUAGUUUCCCCUCCACCGGCUCCGCCCGCGGGAUGAGACGAGGGAUGAUGCAAGGAUGAGUUGCAUGGGAGAAGGUAACCCAGAGUGAUGAGAGAGGCAUGGGAAACGGAAACGCAACGCCUGCCUGAGUCACUCUUUAAGUCGCAUCUCUCACUCUUAACAUGGAUCCACCCCUUACUCCAUACUAAUCUAGUUCCACUCGUACGACAUUCAACAACAACAACAACAACAAAAAUGAAAAGAACUGCGUGCAAGUGUUUAGGAACCAGACAUAAUGCAAGGAAUUUGGGAUGGAGAUUUGUAUGGGCCCUGAUGGGUUAUUGUACAAAAUGUUGUUCACUUGAAUUCAAAGGAGAAAAGCAGCUGUGAUCACCUGCUGUACCGCAAAAUCAGCGUGUACUUCAGGCGAUGGACGGAUAGCUCCGUAUCCCGCCUUUUUCCACUGUUUUUAUUUAUUUUUUAUUUUUUUUAGGAACAGACCGAUGGGCCAACGUGG